AUGUUCUCUUUCGUCAAACUCGCCACCGUUGCUGCCAUCGCGCUUGGUGCGAUCACAGCUGUCUGUGGUGCGCCACACCCCGCGGACGUCGCUGAGGUCAAACGCCAGACCAGCAGCCUCACGACUAUCCUGGCUGAUUUGGCUGCAGAGCUGGCACCGUCCGCUGCGCAACUGAGCUCUCUCAACUCAAAGAAUGCGACUAUGGAAACAAUCUCGCCCAUUGUCAGCCGUAUCAGUACCAGUGUCCAGAACUCGAUGACUCAAAUCAAAGCGCUUCCCGCUCAAGGCAAUAAAGUCACUUCGGACGAGGUCGCCUCCGGUUUGAACAAUGUCAUGCAGACUGUGCUUGUACCCGCAAAGAACGUGAUGGCAAUUCGCGGCGUCGACUCGGCUAUCAUCAUUCCUGCCUUUUUGCCGCUUGGUGUUAUCCUCGACGGUCUUGUCGGGGCUGUCCUCAUUACCGUCGGUGAACUCGUGUUUGUGGUGAAGGCUACUCUGGCCACAUUGCUGGGCGGCCUCACUGCUGUCAUCUUCGACCUUGGAUUCACCACUCUUAUUUCUACACUCGGUCUCGUCCUUGGUCUCUUGUAA